AUGAGUUCAACAAAGAAAGUUGUUGUCCUUCCAGGUGACUAUAUAGGACAGGAGGUUAUCGCAGAAACCAUCAAGGUUUUAAAUGCAAUUCAGGAAGCACGUCCUUCUAUAAAUUUUGAGUUUGAAUACCACUUAAUUGGGGGUGCUGCUAUUAAUGCUACGGGUGCUCCCUUGUCCGACAAGACCAUAGAGGCUGCUAAGGCAGCUGAUGCUGUUUUAUUAGGAGCUGUUGGUGGCCCGGAAUGGGAUUCUGGUGCGGUGAGACCAGAGCAAGGUUUAUUGGCUAUCAGGAAAGAGCUAGGACUUUAUGCUAAUUUAAGACCUUGUAGUUUUAUAUCCAAAUCGUUAUUAGGCCUUUCCCCAUUAAAGCCAGAAAUUGCGCAAGGAACGGACUUUGUGAUUCUUCGUGAAUUGGUUGGCGGUAUAUAUUUUGGGGAGAGAAAGGAGGAUGAUGGUGAUGGUGUAGCUUGGGAUAGUGAAAAGUACACUGUAUCUGAGGUUGAAAGAAUUACUAGGAUGGGUGCGUUCUUAGCGUUGCAGCACGACCCUCCAUUGCCUUUAUGGUCCUUCGAUAAGGCUAAUGUUUUAGCUUCUUCCAGGCUAUGGAGAAGAACUGUUAAUGAAACGAUAAAGAGGGAAUUCCCUCAGUUAUCGGUGCAGCAUCAAUUAAUUGAUUCCGCAGCCAUGAUAAUGAUCAAAAACCCUAGAAAAUUCAACGGUAUUGUAAUCACCAGUAACAUAUUUGGAGAUAUAAUCUCUGAUGCUGCUUCAGUGAUCCCAGGAUCUCUUGGUUUGUUACCUUCGGCUUCUUUGGCGUCUGAACCAGAUAAAAACAAUGCUUUUGGCCUAUAUGAGCCUUGCCAUGGGUCUGCUCCAGACUUAGAAAAAGGUCAAGCUAAUCCAAUUGCGUGUAUUUUAUCGGCUGCAAUGAUGCUGAAACUAUCGCUAAACAUGGUUGAUGAAGGUAAGGCGAUAGAAAAUGCGGUCAAGCAAGUUAUAGAGUCUGGUAUUAGAACUGGUGAUCUAGGUGGAAACAAUACUACUACUGAAGUUGGCGAUGCUGUUACUCAUGCUCUAAAAAAGCUGCUAUAA